UUGCCAUAGUAGCGUGUGAAAUUCAAAAGUUUGUACAUGUACAUGGCGGUCUUGUAGUUGUCAAAACUUGAAAACCACUUUGAACUUCAGUGCAGUGCAGCAGUGAAGCUCCAAGAUCAACAUCAAAGCCUUUGAUAAAGGAGCCUAAAGGAGAAGAAUAAUCAUGCCAAUUGAGACAGAGUACACUCGGACAUAUCGUCCCUUUGUCACCUCCCCCCACCCCUCAAGUCCACCCGUCCCUGCCGGAAUCUCCUCCGCCAAACAGGGGAUCACACAAGAGCCUCCCGUGGGUUUGAAGAAGAAAGCGUUGCAUGGCGAGAAUAGAGUGACGUUCCUCACGGAGGGUGGUGAUGACCAAGGGAACUCUAACCAAGAGAUCAAGAGUCUAAGGUUCAAGGCUGGAUGGCGUCGUCCCUUCAUUGGUGUACCAACUGAGUACCAGACACAGUUCCAAUGGCAUGAGCCCGCCCCUCCAGAGACGCCAUUACUGAAUAACCAGCAUACCCACCAUAGCAGCAAGUAUCCAACAACCAUACGCUCUAGCAAUAGAGAGUCAUCGCAAGCAGUGUGCCAUGAAUGCCAGGAUCGUGAAGAUGAGCAUCAAUCAAGACAAGUUCAAAGUGAAUCAAGUGAAGAGGUUAUUACACUUCAAGAAGUUCCCACUAACACACACAGACAAUUUAAUCGGAAGAAGAAACGAUCACCAAAGAAAGCCGACAAGUAUAAUGUACACGGUCAAAAGCAGAAGCAGUUUGUCCAGGACUUGAUGUCUAAGCAAUCAGAGAGAAAGGCUCAAAUUGCUAAAAAUGCUCACAAGAAGAUGAUCCGACACUUCGUUACUGAAUACCAGAGGCAGUUUGGGAAAUCUAAUGCAAAGAAAGCCGAGAAAAAUAAAGCGAAAUCUGAUGGUUCACUGAUUGCCGGCGUGCCUCGUGUCCUCACUGACCCCUCUGACCCUCGUCUCCUUAAGCACUCCCCUCUCCCCAUCAGCACUCCGGCCUCUAGCCUACCAACAAGCGACUGGACGACAGACUACAGAGCCAACUACACCUCCCCCUGUGGACCUAGAAUGAGCCCCCUGGCUGAUGGAGAGGAGCAGACUGAAGACCCACUACCCAUCACCAUCUUCUCCUGGCACAAUCAGUUAGUUGAGCUUCGGGAAAAAGCUGAGAGAUACAAGAAACGUGCCGAAGGUGUCACUAUUCGUCGUCUGCUACCACUAACGCGUCAAGACCUCAUCGAUAAUAAUCCUCCCUCAAGCACAAUCACUGAAUAUUCUGACUCCUCAUCUCCCACUCCCUCUGAUUCUGUUAGCUGCACUUUCUCCGAUUGUCCCCAUCAUCACAGUGACUCUAGAUCCCCACCCAAACAUGUACCCACCGACACUGGACCCACUGUCAAGGCCAAACAACCACCCACUACCGCUGGACCCACUGUCAGGGCCAAACAAGCACCCACUACCGCUGGACCCACUGUCAGGGCCAAACAAGCACCCACCGACGCUGAACCCACUGUUUGGGCCUCCAGACCUCGUGGUAGUAUGCAAGUACACAAUGGCAGUAGCUCACAAGUACACGAUAUUGAGGAGGACAGUUCUGAGGCUGAGUCAAUACAUCACAUACCUGUACCACAGGAAUCAGACACCGGUCGAAUACAGACCCCUGUUAUCCAAAAAUCUACUUCAGAUUAUCAAAGGCACCAUCUUGAUCGCACCACCCCUGUGGCCGGAGGUCUCUUCAUAUCUCCUAAGAAAGCGCCCGAUUUGAUUCUCCCUCAUCCGCUUGUUUCACCCAUGUUUCGACGUGAUAUGAAAAGCUCUGCUCCGAAAAAUCCAGUGCCUAAGAAAACAAGAAACAAGUAUGUGCAAGUCAAUGAAGGUUCAUCUUCACAGGCAUCUGAUCAGGAUGAUGAUGAUGAUAUACCGCCCAGGGUAACAAGUUCUGUUACCCAGCCUCCACUAAGUGUACCAAGUUCAAGCUCACCCUAUCACACACGUUGCAUACCGGUGACUACAUCCAAGCCUACGUCAGUACGAAAACUCGAUUUCAAGACCCGAUCUCAACCAAAAAGUGCUACUAGAAAGACAAUGCCGAAGCCUUAUUCGCAUCGUGUUGAGGGAGUUAGACCAACUAACAACUCAGGCUGCAAUAUCUGUGGAGCAAAUUUGAGGCCACCUUCCGCUAUUGCAAAUGCUGGGACCACUUCUCUGCGUACUAGUAGAGUACAGAGUGGCUUAACUUCGAAUCUGGCUUCCGGUGGAUUAUCUACUUUUAAGAAACCUCAAGUCUCUGUCUCGAGUACUUUACCGUACACAAGCCAACAACCAGCACAAGCACCUCACUUCAUGACAAGACUGCCACCUCAAGCGGAGACACGGGUUCGAGACUCGGACGAGAUUUCAUUAGCUUCUCUUAGUCUGUCAAGCUGCUCUAUUGCGUCUGAUGUGCUCAGGAAAGCUCGUGACAGGAGAGACCAUUUCUGGACCCAGCGUACUAAGAAUUGAACAUUGCACUCUUCACUUUAUACUGUAUUAUAGCACUUAUACUAUUUUCACUCUUGUAAGAUUUGCCCCCUUUUGUAGUUUGAAUACUUUUAAUUAACACUUGAA